AUGGUGCCGAGACCGGCAGGCUCGCAAGCUUCUCGCGACUCUUGGAUACGUGAUGGCCUACGAGACCAGAACCCCGUCAAAAUCAUCAGCCAGCGCAGCCUUUACCCCUCGGCAUCCAGAGUCUCGAGUGCGUCGGCAGCUCAGCUGCUUUGCACAUACAACUGGCGUAAUCUCGCGUAUGCCCACAUCUUUGUUCCUGGGAUCGCCCCGACAUGGAGAAACAUUCCCUUGCCAGUCACCCUCCCCAGGGAUCGAGGGACGUUCUUCAUCGACCAAAACUCUGCCCGAGUCCCACGACACCCCCUGGAGCCGCUCUUCCGAGCCGCCGCCUCCACAAACCCAGAUUUCCGCUUCAACGACGUCGACGUCGUGUCAGACCGGAGCAGUCUGCGGAAGCUGCUCAACUUCUGCGCCGACCGGAGCGACGGACUGUUUCGUCUCAAGCUUACCCUGGUCCACAAUUCGCUGCUGAUUGAGCGCUGGGAAAGGAGCUCGCGCGAGCGCACCACUGGAGCACUCGUCUCUGGAUACGGCCACAACUUUGAAAGGGCCUUUACCGACUACCCUCCUCGAGUAGGGGACAGUACGGGACAUCACCGCGUCCUGCUCUACCCGCUUGGACAUUUGCGCUGUGCCGUGCGCUUCGAGGUCGAUGCGUGCUACAAUGGGCCGGGCAGCGCCAAGUCAGGCGCGAAGGCCAACGUCUCCCAAGUAGUAAGACGACCAUCAAUAAAGUGCGGACCAAGAACCGCAAGCACAAACACCCAAGUGACGAGCACCGCAUCCGACCACGACAUGGCUAUGCCCCAAUCCGCAGCAGCAGAGGUCAAGACGGCUGGAAAGUACAAAAGCUCCGGCACCUAUCUCCCGCAGCUCUGGUUCGGCCGCACACCGUGGCUCAUUGUCGGCCGCCACGUCGACGGAACAUUCACCAACGUUACAUUCAACAACGUCGCCGCAGAGUUUACAGAUUGGGAGACGAGGCAGCAGGUCCAUCUGCAGAAGCUGGUCACGGUGCUGGUCCGGCUCAAGGAAGUAGUCAGGCGCAACGGGGCCAGGGCGUGCGUUGCAAUCUGUGAGCGGGGGCUGAGACCGCGCAUCAUCAAGAUCUUUGCCGCCAAAGAGGACGCCAAGGCGCUGCCCGACGAUUUGAUUGCCAAGUUUUGGACUUGA